AUGGUCAAAUUCUCCGAUGGCGGCCAGGAUUCCAAAGUCGCAGUGGCAGAUGUCCGAGCACGUGGCGCCCCCUUCGUGGGCGAGGUGUUCGAGGAGAGCCCAGGAGCGCCGCAACGUGGGCCGCAGACUCGUUCUUUGUUUUCGCGCAAGGACGAGCAGCCAGAGGUGGUGGAAGACCCAGGAUCAACUCGGUUUCGGGGCGUGGUGGUGAGCGUGAACGAAGAGAAGGGAGUUUGCACGAUCGCUUCCCGUUUCGGGUCCAUUUUCUGCCCCCGAAGCGCAGUCAUUGCUGGCGGCGCUUUGAGGGUUGGGCGGGAGGCGAAGUUUGAGAUUUCUUGGGGUCGCCAGCUUCGCUUGCAGGCCAGCGACGUUGUUCUGGGCCCCCUGAAGAAAAUCGAGUCGGUGCAGCGGUGGGCUCAGCGCGCCAGGGGCGCGGACGCAAUCUUGCGCGCCAGGGCGGAAGUCCCCGAGAAUAAGGAGAUUGAUAAGAAGAACGCUGCCACGCUUGAGCGCAUGAAGGCGGCCCAUGUGGCCAAGCGCGCGCGUGCAGAUGGGUAG